AUGCCGAGAAGAGGAGAGAGUCAGGUCUUCCACGACCAACUCAAUCGCAUUUCAAGAGAAUUGGCGACCGGCAAAGCCGAUUCCUCGUUUGCUUUAUACCCUCUUGAGAACCAGUCCUCACACAAGCUUUGGGACGAAGACAUAGCCUAUCUCGCUGGAUCGCUCUUGGCGCCGGCUCAGACACGACUGCCGUGGCGAUCAUCUAUGUGCAGGAGAAAGCGCAAGAGUAGCUGGAUAUCGUCGUUGGUCUUGACAGAGCUCCCACGUUUGACUACAAUUCCCUUCCUCAUAUCGAAGCGUUCAUGUUGGAACUGGAGGCCUGUAACAACUGUUGCAUUUGCUCACCGUGCUUCAACCGAUAUCGUUUAUGGCAAUCCCACGCGACACAUUGUUUACCUCAACCCCGACUCGGACAAAUUCGAUCCCGAAAGAUGGCUCAUCAGCAAAGGCAAAAUUCGGCACGGCAUCAAGUUCCCUUCAUAUGGCUUUGGAUGCAGGCACAAGCCUCGUCCAAUAUUGGACCACCUGCAGAAUCUGCCCCGGGCGUCGUUCGAGAUUGCUCAGGACCUGCAGAACCCGAUUGAUGAGACGGGCUUCGUGGAUAGCGUAAUUUUGCACCCCAAACCGUUCAAUGCGCGCUUCCAGCCGGGGUUUGAGGAUGAGGCAUUAUUGAGGGACGCGAUGGCUCAGUACGGGGAGGAGUUGUAG